GAAACGUUUCGGAUCCGAAACGUGUAUAUUUCGGAGAGUCGGCCAAUCAUGAAUUAUCGACAUUCAACAAUAUCAGACAUACAAGGCAUCCCGCUUCAUCAUGAGAAGAUAACACAGACAUCAUGGCCCCAAGUAGACGACCUCAGAAUGUUGUCCGAUCAGGAAAUGCUGGUAAUUCUUCCAAGCCCAAAGAUAAGGACAAGGAUCCGUCGAGUAGUAGUGGUGCCAACGGAUCUGCGAAUGGAUCGACAGAUGGUCCUCCACGACCCCCUCCUCUGUUCCCUGUGGGAUACAAGACGCCCUUGAGCAUGCUAUAUGAAAAAUGUCAGAAAGCCGGCUGGGAAAAACCUCUCGUAGAGACGCGACCUAAUCCCGGCUCUUCGCCUACCACCUGGACUGGCUAUGUGACAUUGCGCAAGCGGAUCAGCAAAAACAUUUACGACCUCGACACGGUUAGACUGACACCUCACCCACCAUUGGAGAUCGCUACGGCGGUCGAGGCAAAGCACUACGUAGCGACCUAUGCUAUGUUCAGGUUCUGUUCACACCUGCCCAUGGCGAUGACUCUCCCUCCCUCCAUCAGACCCUACUGGUCCACUUUGACAGCUGAAAAGGCUUCUGCGCCAGACCACCGAAGCUGGGAAUGGAGUCCUGACCCCUUUGCUGCGAAACACGAGGUGGAAGAACGUCAGGCCAAACGAAAAGGAAAGGAAGCGGCUAGAGCCGCGGAGAAUGGUAGAGACGAUGGUGAAGGCGGUGCCGGAGGGAGUGGUAAGGGUACGCCUGGUGGUAGUGGACGUGGAACUCCCACGGGGCCCGGAGGCAAGAUGUGGGAGGGCGUACCAGAAGUCAGGAUGGCUCCGGGUCUCCGGGAACAGGUCGAGGGUGUCGUGAAAAAGAUGAUGCGACGCUUCCCUACCGCUGUGUUGGAUGCAGCUCGAGACACUGGUGCAACCCUUGCCUCUUCAAAGUCUGGAGUCUCAACGCCUUCGGUCGACCUAGCCUUGCUUCAAACUCAGCUGAUCGAUCUGAAAUUCCGACCUGCUCAUGUCUCCUCUGCACUUACUGCCCUGCAAUCAGCCAUGGCUCGACUCGACUCGUCUUCUGGAGGUAGCACGUCAGAUCCCUUUGUCCUGUCCCUGUCCAUGCUCAGUCCACUGGAAGCCACGAUCGAAUGGCUCUUGUUACAUUUGCCUGAAGACGACCUUCCAGUCAGAUAUCGAACCACCGCAAGCUCGAGCGACUUUGUCACCGGUGCCACAAAGGGCGGAGCAGUCAAAGGGUGGAUCGUGAACAAGCUCGUCAAGCAAGCCGGGUUUCCGCGCAAGGUCGUCGAAGCCAUUUUGCAGGAAGACGUUGCGGAAAGUCAAGCUUUAGCCAUCCUGUGCCGUCGAUUAUGUGGCUGGCAACAUGCAGAUGACGGAUGGGGAGUUGACGAUGUACAUGUGUACGACGAAUCAGACCCAUCGGAGCGCGAUACGGCCCGGGAAGAGGAGAACCUGGCCCUUGAAGCGCUUCUAGGCGAACGCUACCGGCAAGUGUCCGCUACAGAGUACACGGUCCAGAUCGCCUCUACAACUUCAAACGACGAAAUCUUCCUGCACAUCAUCAACGACGCUGCCUCGCCUUACCCUUCUGCAGCUCAUGCGACACAUCCUCCGGCCAUGUUCAUCGCUUCGUCCACCAUUCCAUCGUAUAUGCGCCUCGCGCUCCUUGCAUCACUCUACGAAGAACUCAGAAAUCCAGAACGAGGCGAUCUGAGAUCAAUCUUGGAAUCCGGUCAAGGCGGAGCAGUUUUCAGCAUGAUCGAGUACCUUGAACAGGCCCUUCCUGAUAUGAUUGAGUCACCUCCAGAUAUCGGAAAAGUCGCGCAGCAUCUCGUUCCACAGGCUGAGGAAGUGGUCGAGGAAGCUGCACCGAGGAAGCAAGUCGCCACAAAGACCAAGGGAACCGUGAAGAAGAGACAGAUCACAGAGCAUGAUCAUCGGAAAGCCCGAGAUCGGCAAGAGACGAUGAAGAGAGACCCAAAGUAUGCUGAGAUGAUGGCGGAUAGGCGGAAGCUACCCGCGUGGAAAGAGAGGGAGAGGAUUGUAGAGUUGUUGGAGACCAAUCGCGUGUUGGUCGUCGUGGGAGAGACCGGUUGUGGUAAAAGUACACAGCUCCCUCAAUUCAUCCUCGAUCACGAGAUCGAGGCCAAUCGCGGGGGCAGUACAAAUAUCAUCGUCACGCAGCCACGACGAGUCGCCGCCAUGGGCGUGGCAUCGCGAGUCGCACAAGAGCGGCUCGAAGAUGUGGAUCAACAGCCAUCCUCUGUAGGCUAUGCCAUCCGUGGUGAAAGAAAAGCCAGCACAGAAACGAGGCUCCUGUUCUGCACGACUGGAGUCAUCCUUCGUCGACUUGGGUCUGGAGAUCCGGAUCUUGAAGGCGUCAGCCAUGUCGUUGUGGACGAAGCUCACGAGCGUGGUGUGGAUACUGAUCUGUUCAUUUGCCUAUUGAGGGACUUGCUGCAGAGAAAUAAGACGAUCAAGGUGAUCUUGAUGUCCGCGACGAUCAACGAGCAAAUAUUCAUCCAAUACUUUGGCGGCUGUCCUAGCUUGACUAUUCCGGGCUUUACACAUCCCGUCACGGAUCACUAUCUCGAAGAUACUAUCACUCAGCUGAGCUUCACCGCUCAACCACAGAGAUUUGGUCCAAGGCAGACGGAGGAGCAGAAGACUUCAAUCCGAGAAGCAUUUGCGAAACUCAAUCUUGAUCCUAAAGCUCAGCAAUCGCUCGAGAUCCUCGCUGCUUCGGACCGGAUCGAUUAUACUCUUGUCGCUGCGGUCGUCAAGCAUAUCGUCACGACGUCUUCUGAAGGUGCCAUUCUCAUCUUCAUGCCUGGAGUCAUGGAAAUUCGACAAUGUACGACCGAGUUGCAGAACGCGUCCCUGGGUUCAGUCGAGAUCUUGCCGCUUCACGCAAACUUGUCGAGCGCUGAACAGCGAUACGUGUUCUUGUCGACCGCGCCGCGACGCAAAAUUGUCGUGGCUACCAAUGUGGCCGAGACAUCCGUUACGAUCCCGGAUGUCGUCUAUGUUGUCGAUGGUGGAAAAGUUAAAGAGACGCAAUACGAUGCCGAAACGAGCAUGCAGCGACUUGUGGAAGUGUGGACGAGUCGAGCGUCAGGGAGACAAAGGCGAGGUCGUGCUGGACGUACUCAGCCAGGUCAUUGCUACAAGCUCUACACUCGCCGGACGGAGAACAAUUCGAUGCCUCGAUUCCCAAUCCCUGAGAUUCUCCGGACACCGCUCGAAGCUCUAUUCCUACAGGUCAAAGCGAUGAAUGAGGAGACGGAUGUCAAGGCAUUCCUCAGCAAGGCGAUCGACCCGCCGAAACUCGACGCGAUGGAUGCUGCGUGGAGGAUCUUGCUAGACCUCGGAGCUGUAGAAGGCGAAGACCAGACUAGCAAGUUGACUGCCUUGGGACGACACAUGAGCAUGAUCCCUGUGGAUCUGAGACUGGCAAAGAUGCUCGUACUUGGGACCAUCUUCAAGUGUCUCGAUCCAAUCUUGACCAUCGCCGCGCUGUUGUCGUCCAAACCUCUGUUCACAUCGCCAAUGGAGAAGCGGGACGAGGCGAAAAAAGCCCGAGAAUCUUUUGCUAGAGCCCGUUCUGAUCUCUUGACUGACGUGGAGGCGUACGACGCUUGUAUGGCCGUGAGGACAAAAGGAGGAGAUCAUUCCGCCGUGAGAGCAUUCUGCGACAAGAACUUUAUCAGUCAAAGCACCAUCCGAGAUAUCACAUCUCUCCGACAAGACUUCAUGGAUGCCUUGUCACAGCUUGGUUUCGUAACCCACCGAUCGGACAAGCUCAUUGAAGGAUUGUCGAUCAACAAGCACAAUGACAAUCUUGUCAAAGGCAUCAUUGUUGGCGGCCUAUAUCCUCGUAUAGCGCGAAUAGCGAUGCCCAAAGCUUUGUUCGAGAAGAUUCAACAGGGGACUAUACAAAAGGAUCAUGAAGCGAAAGAAGUCAAAAUGUUUGACUCAUCCGGACGAGUGUUCAUUCACCCGACUUCCAUCUUGUUCUCUGAGAGUGGCUUCAAAUCGGGUUACUUGGCCUAUUUCGCCAAGGCCGAGACGUCCAAGGUUUUCCUACGAGACGCGACAGAGGUUCCACUAUAUGGUCUCCUCUUGUUUGGUGGUCAGAUCACCAUCAAUCAUUGGGUCGGCGGAAUCAUGUUGGGCAAAGAUGGUCAAGUCAAGAUGAAGGCAGCUACGAGAAUUGGCGUGUUGUGUUCCCAGCUGAGACGCCUGCUCGAUGCGCAAUUGGCAGAGCAGAUUGACAAUCCGCAUGAGAGCCAAGUCAUAGGGAACGACGAGGUGGUGAAGGCGAUGAUGGCUUUGCUGGCGAGAGACGGGUUGAGUCAGUAAGGGUGUGUGAGGGAACACAAUCUGUACC